AUGAGGUCGGCAUUCGCUCGAGUUCGGUUAAGACCAGCUGGAGGCAGGAUUUUCCUUCAAAGGAGAUUCGAAAGUACUUACGAGGAAAAACUAGGACUCAAGGAUGCAUCUGAAUUCAGAAGUACUGUCUCAAAAGUCGCGCCAGAGGUGAAAAAGGAGAACCAGCCAGUACGGACAUUUGCAAAGUCUCAGCAGCCAAGCCAAAGUAGACGUGAUAGCUCUCCUGUGACGCCCCUUUCGGAUAUCAUGGACCUCUCUCGAAUUUUGAAGACACCACACACGUCUGAACAAAUUGGAACUCUAUGGAACGCCUAUCACACUUCUAAAUCAGCUACCGGCAAGGGUUAUCUCUCAGCGGUCAUACCUCGCGCUACAUACGAGUCUUUCCUUCCAACAGCGAAAAAAUACCCUUCGUUCAUACUACCUCUCCCGCGUCCUGAGGCUCAGGUUGAGACGUCCCCAGAAAAGUCUACUUCCUCUGAUCCUUACGAGUUCUAUUAUAUGGAGUGGGGCCAUCAUCAUUCGCCAGCUGUUCCAAGUGAAAUUCCUGUGGACCUAUUCUCUUGGUCAAAGACAUCACAAAACCCACCAUAUACGACGGUGAUAUUUACGCCUCUUCAGGAGUAUAAGCUGAGACAAUCAUUUGCAUUGCCUCAUCUGAUACUCACCCACUAUACCGACCUUGCCCAUACACAUGACGUGGUUCUCAUGCGAGGCGAGUUGACACCGUCUACUAACGAUCCAGGACGUUUCCUUCUUUCUCCCUCCGCUGCUCAAGUUCUGGCCUUUGGACUACAGCAGUUCUAUCUCCCGGACCAGGGCCCGCGAAGACGUGAUCUCCUGAGCACUUUCCACGAAAAACCGCAGGAAUUUUCUUGGGAGGAGCUUAUAUCGGCAGCAAAAAUAUAA